UGCGCACUUCCUGAACAGAUUUUAGUCGGGGGUAAAGGGUGGGUUUUUCUGAACUUUUCUCAAGUGUACGUGUUCAUUUCCCCGCAGAUUACCACACCACAGACAAAGUUUGUUCCUGCCAAAGAAGAGGAAGAAGUUGACUCACAAUGCUGCACGGGGGGGUGGGGUAUAAUAACAGCCAUAACCCAACUUACGGAGUGGCCAACCCUGGGUACAUCCCAGCGGCGGAGGGGGGACCAGCAAUGUUUGCCCCACCCACAGCUGACUCCCAGGGCCCCAGCGCUCCUCCGGCCAGUAUGUUUGACAACAUGCCUGGCUAUGAAGGAACAGUGGCAGGAGGAGGAGGUGGAUUUCUUCCUCCUCCAAUGCCUGCUCAUCCAGUUCCUCAGCCUGAACCUGGACCUCAACAACCAAACUGGAAUAUCCCGUCUAUCAGUGAGGACACUGCCCGGGAAGCUUUUGUCCUGUAUGCCUCCAGUAAGUGCUGCUACAGUGCAGCACCAGCAAAGGAUGGUGUGAUCACAAGCAUGGAGGCAUUUAAUACCUACAGGUACCGCCUGGAAACCUUCACUGAAUCUCGAUCUACAGAGUGGAGUCAUGAGCCCUACCAUGGUCAGCCUGUGGAUGCCUUUGCCCAACCUCCUCCAGGGCCAUGGGAUAUUCCUGCUAAAUCUCCCUCCUUUUUUGUGGAUGACAAACAGGUUAUCAGGGUCCCCUACACAUCCUCGAUGAAGACCUGUCAUACAUGCAUGGGAAUGGGAAGAAAACCUUGCAAAGAUUGUGCCGGCGCUGGAAAUAAAGUUUGUUGGGUCUGCAAUGGAUCUGGUUACCGUCAUGGAGAUGAUCGAUGCCACCACUGCAGUGGCAGAGGGAGAGAAAACUGCAGCCACUGUCACGGGCAAGGAUCGAAGCAAUGUGAAACAUGUCAUGGAAAGCAGCAGCUUCUGGUCUACAUCAAACUCACUGUGAAAUGGACCACUAAUGCUGAUAACUAUGUUGUGGAACAGUCAAGCGGACUGCAGUUGGACAAUCUGAGCAAAGUGUCUGGCAAGGAGCUUUUCAGAGACUCUCAGUACAUGGUUUAUCCAGUGAUGGGUUUCCCAGAUAUUACUGUGGUGAAUGCUGCACAGCGUCUUGUAAGUGAACACCAGGCCAAGUUCUCCCAGACCUCACGCAUUCUACAACAGCGUCAAACCAUAGAGCUGAUUCCUGUCACCAAAGUGACCUACUCGUGGAAAGGGAAAUCACACAUCUACUUUGUUUACGGAAAUGAGUUCAAAGUCAAUGCAGAUAAUUAUCCUGCUACCUGCUGCUGUACUGUAAUGUAAUUGCAAAGGUUGCAUAUGAAGGUUUUCCAUUCUUCAUCAUUUGAAAUCAAAAUUAAUCACUUCUAAUGAUCAAUGGGGGGUUCCUUGACAUGCAGGCACGUUUGAUGUUUUUCAAGUUGUAUCUCAGCAGGGAUGAACAGAGCCAUUUAACCUUGGAAACUUCUCCAAUAAGUCACCGUCAAGGCUACAGAGGAAGUGAACUUACCCCUAAAUAACUACAGUAUAACAAAGUUCAUCUAACAAAGUUUUUGUUUUGUCACUUUUUGCAUGCGCCACAUAAGGAAAUAUGUUACUGAUCCUAUUGAACAAUUAUCAUGCUGAAUUAUACAGUCUUUACUUGUAAUAUAUAACUGCAUUGUUUUUUAAAUUCAUAAAACAAACUUUUAUACUACGUAUUUUUGCAGUAGCUACUAAUUAUCAAUAUGAGCAUUAUGUAUUUACCUGUCAAAACAUGUUUGUAUGUGAAAUGAAAUUAUUUUAAAUGUGCAUAAUCUCACAGCAAUGACAUAUCUCCCACUUGCUUUGAUGAAAUUCCUUCUUUUAAUAAAUGGUAUUUCGCAA